AUGGACCUCGAGCUGAGCGCCACGUCCAUCCCCCGCAAGCUCGACGGGGAGGGGGGCUCCCCAAGGUACAUGGCGCCCGAGUGUUACGACGCCAUGCACGGGAAGCUGACAGAGAAGGUGGACAUCUGGGCCCUCGGCUGCAUCUUCAUCGAGCUCUUCGGCGGCGUGCUGCCGUACGCCGACUGCGGCACCAUGGCGCAGCUCUCUGGGCGCAUCCUGGUGGAGAAGCGCCCGCCGGAGCUGCCGCCGACGGUGCCGCCGCCCUUGGCCAUGCUGACGCGGAGGUGCCUGACAUUCGACGCGCCCAGGCGGCCCCACGCCGUCGAGCUGCAAGGGCUCCUCGACAGGCUGCGGCCCUGCUGA